UCAGUGCUUCCUAAUUUCGAGGUGACGAUCGUUCCAGAACGGAAAUAUAUCCUCGUUUCCGGACAGCGGGACUCCGAAUUGCAAAUCGAUAUUCAGGCUAAAUUUUUCUAUGGGAAGGGAGUCACUGGGACAGCCUACGUGAGAUUUGGCGUGAGUGAUGACGACGGAGAAAAAUCUUAUAUCCCAGGACUGGAGAAGCAAGUCUCGGUAACCGAUGGCCAUGGCUCAGCCUCCCUGAAACGCAGCCUCCUGUCGGAAAAACUGGGGCGUCCUUUGCGGGACUUAGUUGGAACCACGCUCUACAUCGCAGCCACUGUCAUAGAGGCAGCAAGUGGAGACCUGGAAGAGCAGGAACUUGCAUCUGUGAAAUUUGUGGAAUCUCCAUAUUUGCUGAGCAUGUCCAAGACCAUGCGGCAUUUUGUGCCUGGGGCACCGUUUGAAGUGCUGGUGACUGUUGUUUCACUUUCAGAUGGCACCCCCGCCCCCCACGUCCCAGUCCAUUUCUCUACCCAGAUAACUGGAGGGUCAUCCCCUGAUAAUGCUGCAAUCAACACUGACAACCAUGGGGUCGUGUUGCAUCGGAUCAACAUCCCCGCCGGAGCAACAACAGUCACUUUUAUGAUAAGAGCGGGGACAGAGUCUCCAGCAGAAGCCACACUGACCGCCACAGCCAUGAAUUCCCAACAAGGCAGAUACUUGAUUAUUGAUAGCCCGAAACACCAAGACUUGAGCCCGGGGGAGACCCUCAACCUGGGCCUGAAACAUAUUGGACCAGAUGACUUCUCCAGCUUCUACUACUUGAUUUUGAACAAAGGGGACGGUGUCCUCUGCCAACCAGCGUGCUUAGCCGGAUCGCUACUGUAUGGUUCCGAUCCAUCACCCAACUUAGUCGCAGCGUUUCGGUUUGUGGCCUUUUACCGCCUGGGAGAUAAAGUUGUGGCCAACUCCAUCUGGGUGGACGUAGUUGACACCUGCGAAGGAAAGCUGCGCCUCAGCACACCAGAGAAGGCCAAGCAGCACCGACCCCAGGAUGUCCUGAGACUCACCAUCACUACCGAUGACGACAGAUCUUCCGUCUCACUUGCUGCUGUGGACACGGCUGUUUAUGCCCUCAGUCGGAAAAAUCGCCUCACUCAGGGCAAGGUCUUCCAGGCUAUGGGAAGUUAUGAUCUAGGCUGCACAGCCGGCAGUGGGGAAGAUACCCUUGGCGUCUUUGCUGAUGCUGGAAUCUCCCUCCGUGUGGGCCAACUGGGCAGCCAGCUUCGAGAAGCCCACGGGUGCAAUGCAGACCGUUCCCGGAAGAAGCGUUCGUUACAGAUGCAAAUCCAACUCCAGGAGAGGCUUUCCAACUAUUCAUCCUCCAAGUUUCAGAGUUGCUGUCGGGAUGGCAUGGUGCUGAUUCCCAUGCUCCUCUCGUGUGACCAGCGUGCCAAGCGGAUCGAGGGAGAGUGCCGUAACGCCUUCCUUGACUGCUGCCGAUACGCCGCCGAACUACGCCGCAAAUCUGGGGGGAACCGGGGUCUUGCUCGGGCUGAAGAUCAAGAUGAGGAUGAGGAUUUCUUUGAUGAUGAAUUCAUUCAAGUCCGGAGCGUCUUCCCUGAGAGCUGGCUGUGGAAAACGGUCACUGGGGGGCAGACGCGGACGGAAACGGUGCUGCUUCCUGACUCCAUCACCACCUGGGAGCUCCUGGCAGUGAGCAUGUCGCCUGACAAAGGGAUCUGUGUCUCAGAACCUCUCCAAAUUAAAGUCUUCCAAGAGUUCCACAUCUCCCUGAGACUGCCGUACUCAGUGAAACGCUUUGAACAGAUCGAGCUCCGUCCAGUUCUGUACAAUUACCUGCCUGACACUAUCAAGGCCUUGGUAUAUCUGGAGCCUGCUGAGGGCAUCUGCUCUCCAUCCACUGUGGGCCCAGCAAGGAAGCAGCAGGUGGACGUGCCAGGGAACUCAGCGGUCCCAAUCCCAUUUGUACUGGUACCCAUGGGAGCAGCUAAUGUCCCCAUAACGGUUGUUGCCCAUGGUGGCUGGGGAGCUGGGGACAAGGUGACGAAGGUGCUACGGGUUGAG